AUGAUAACCUUCUCAGCAGCUCCUCAUCAAUCAGAGCUUUAUGGAGCUGAAAACCACUUUGCCCAGAAGUCUUAUGUCAACCAGUGCUUUGAGUUUGUCAAUAAGGCAUUUAAAGAACACCGAGAGGAAGAAGAGACAAAAACUAAGGCGCCCGAGGAGCCUGCCGCGAGCGGGGCUCUCAACUUAUCCAACCGAAAACUGAAAGAGUUUCCGCGAAGCGCCAGGAACUAUGACCUGUCCGACAUUACACAUGCAGAUCUGUCCAAGAACCGUCUGUGUGAGCUGCCGGAGGAGCUCUGUCAGUUCAUCUCUCUGGAGACACUGAGCCUUUACCACAAUGGGAUGCGUUCACUGUCCACCAGCCUGGGCAACCUCCAGGCCCUCACCUACCUCAACCUCAGUCGUAAUCUUCUGUCAAGUUUACCCCCAUCGGUGUUUCAGCUUCCCCUCCUACGAGUGCUUAUCGUCAGCAACAACAAGUUGUCAUCACUGCCCUCCUCCAUAUAUUCCCUCACACACCUCCGACAGCUGGAUGUAAGCUGUAAUGAGCUGCAGCGUUUGCCUGCAGAGCUCGCUCAGCUGGAGUGUCUGAGGGACUUGAACCUGAGGAGGAACCAGCUCACCACUUUGCCUGAAGAAAUAUCUGAGCUCCCUCUUGUCCGGCUCGAUGUGUCCUGCAACCGCAUUUCCCAUGUGCCCUUGUGCUACCGCCAUCUCCGGCAUCUUCAGAGCAUCUUGCUGGACAACAACCCGCUACAAAUGCCUCCGGCACAGAUCUGCUCCAAGGGAAAAUACCACAUCUUCAAGUACCUCAACAUGGAGGCCUGCAAAAGGAGCCAUGAGGAGCUGGAGAGACAUCUGAGACCCACUGGAUUUAACAGCUGUUUGUCAGACCACGAGCUGUUCACAGCGCAGUUUGGAGGACUGGACUCUGGCUUCAACAGUGUAGAUAGCGGAAGUAAAAGAUGGUCUGGGAAUGAGUCAGCAGAUGACUUCUCAGAGCGUUCCCUCCGCAUGGCUGAGGUCACCAGAGACCAGAGGAACCUAGAGGAAGAUGUGUCUCCUCUGCAAGCUAACAAAGUGAAUGGAGAGUCUGAGCAGGUGGACUUCAUUGACAGCAGUGUGACAGAGGAAGAAGAGGACCUCAGGACGGAUCCACCCACACCUCCUCUGGAGCAGAAGGAUCGAUCCUCGCUGUCCCAAACCCAGGACUCAACAAUAUGCAGGUCAGGCCCCAACGUAGAGGCGGGCCUCCCAUUAUCCACCUCCUUGCCUCCCUCCAGCCCCACCUUGGAGGAGCGGAGAAGGCCGGGCACCCUGCUCAUCUGGCAGGAGAGAGAGCGACUGCAGCAGCAGCAGCGAGAGAAGGCCAGUUUGCUGAAGCCAUCCACCAAAACAGGAAGUCACGUGGCCACUGGACCACAGACAGGAAGUAGCUCAGCUGGCACAUCUCCAGAGAACAGCAACUCCCUUUCAGGCCUGCGGCAGAGAUGUGCAAGCGCUGACCAGAUGAGCACAGUGUCUCCUUCAACACAUAUACCACGCUGCAGCAGUAGAACAGAUGUGCCAUCUUCCCCAAAGACGUCCCCUCCUCCUGGCCAGGCCCAGAAACCCAACAGCUUCCUGUUCCGCACUUCUUCUCGCAGCAAUGUCAGACCCACAGGGCCAGUCUUUACUCUGGGCGAGUCUGGUAGAAGUGAGUCUCGCACGACGCUGCGUUCUCCGAAGCAGGAGAGACCAGAAAUCACACAGCUACGCAAGACUCUGGAGUCUCGGCUUAAGACCACUCUGCCUGAGGAUCUGGGCGAGGCCUUAACCAACGGCACCAUCCUCUGUCAGCUGGUCAAUCAGAUACGACCACGCGCCGUGUCAAUAAUCCACAUUCCCUCCCCAGCAGUGCCAAAACUGAGCUCAGCAAAGAGUCGACUCAACGUGGAAAACUUCAUUACUGCCUGUCGCAAGUUGGGAGUGCCUGAGACGGAUGUGUGUGUGUGCUCUGAUGUGCUUCUGUGUAAGCUGCCCGCUGUGCUGCGCUGUGUGACGGCCCUGCUGGCCGUGGAGGGGGGGGAGACGGCCGAGGACCAGUCCCCCGCCCGCUCCUUACCUUCGCCUUCAUCGUCCUCCUCCUCCUCGCUGCUGUCCACAGAUUUCCUGCUCUUCUACUGUGCAGUUAUGGCCCUGCUCUACGUCCUCUACUGCUACGUGUUCACCUAAAGGACACACACACACACACACACACACACACACA